AUGGGGAGAGACAGAUGGGGAAGGAACAGGGGGGAGGACAGAGGGGGAGAGAUGGAGGGGGAAAGACAGAGGGGGAGAGACAGAGGGGGGAGGACCGAGGGGGAGAGACAGAAGGGGAAGGACAGAGGGGGAGGACAGAGGGGGAGAGAUGGAGGGGGAAAGACAGAGGGGGAGAGACAGAGGGGGGAGGACCGAGGGGGAGAGACAGAAGGGGAAGGAGAGAGGGGGAGGUACAGAGGGGGAGGGGCACCAGCUCUAUUUACCCCCCAAUCUAUUCUCCCCUGCCUCACCUGCUUCCCCACUCCCUCCUCCCUGCUUCCUCCCUCCCUCCGCCCUGCUUCCCCCCUCCCUCCUCCCUGCUUCCCCCCUCCCUCCUCCCUGCUUCCUCCCUCCCUCCUCCCUGCUUCCCCCCUCCCUCCUCCCUGUUUCCCCCCUCCCUCUGCCCUGCUUCCCCCCUCCCUCUGCCCUGCUUCCCCCCUCCUUCUGCCAUGCAUUCCCCCUCCCUCUGCCCUGCUUCCCCCCACCCUCCGCCAUGUUUACCCCCAUCCACAGAUAGGGGAUGGGACAGAGGAGGAGAGACAGGGGGGGAGGGACAGAUGGGGGGAGGGACAGAGGGGGGAAUGGACAGAAGGGGAGGGACAGAGGGGGAGGGACAGAGGGGGGGAGGGAUCGAUGGGGGGAGUGCCAGAGGUGGGGGAAAACAGAGGGGGAGGGAAAGGAGGGGGAAAGGACAGAGGGGAAGGGACAGAGGAGGGGGACAGAGGGGGGAGGGACGGAGGGGGGGAGGGUAUCCUUCCUGCCUUUUCCCAUUUGCCCUCUCCCGAAGAAAACCUAGUCUCCCAUCACGAGGUGUGUGCCCACUCCAAUCCCCUCCGUUUCCCAUCGUUGCACUCUGUUCCCCUUCUUCCUUUCCUGGUUUUCCCCCCUGCAUGCCUCGCUUGCCUCACCUUCUGCUUGCCUCACCUUCUGUUUCCUGCCUUCCCACCUUGUCUUCCCAUCUCUCGUCCCUUUGUCAAGCAGGACUGGUAG